UCGUCGAACUGCACCGAGCCGCCAUAUCCUAACGAACCGAUCAGAAAAGCUGCUGUGAGUGAAUGUGUAAAAUUGCGGGAAACAACUUGAGUGUUAGUCGAAAUAAACCUGCUCCUGAAAACAACGAGUAUGGCGGCCCGUUCGGCACUGCCCAAAACAGCCUCUUGGAAAGUUCCACAUGUUAAUACAGUUCACAUCGAUGAUCCAAGGAUAAAACAACCCCUCUCAUUCCAAAGACUAAACCUGCCCCGAAAGAAUGCUUUAACAGGGGAAGAUGAUAUGACUUCAAGUAACCCUUUUGUAAUUCCUUUAAACCUGGAUAUAUUCACACUGAGUGAACAGACUCUUAAAAAACAAGAACAAGAAAGAAGGAUAUGGAGACACCUGCCUGUGGAUCUGAAAAGCACCUACCUGUCAAGAAUAAGGGCGCGUUCAGCUGCAGUCCAGAGUGCAGCUGCGGAGUUUGUGAACGCAAAUGAGAAACGUGAAAAACCCCCAGUCCAUGCCACAUGGGCCACAGUGAUCACUAGAGGUCGCCAUCGUGAAAAAGAGAGCAGAAGGGACUACAUGGAAAAGCAACGAGAAAUGUUUCUCGUUCAGUAUGCGCUGUCAGUGAAGAAAGACGCUAUGAAGAGGAUGGAGGAGGAUUCGGCGAAGGAAGAGCAAAGAUUAAGACUCGCCGAGAAGCAGUUAGAGGAAGACGCUAUUGCUUUUGAUAGAUUCAUAAAGGAAAAUGAUCAGAAUUCAGUGGAAGCUGUCAAAAUCGCAGAGAACGAAACUAUGAUUAAGAUGGAAAAGACUUCCAAAAUAAAGAAGGCAACAGCUAAAAUGAUGACGAUUAAGAGUGACAUAUCAAAGAAUGAGGAAAUUCUGAGUGAGUAUUUGCUUUAUAAGAAGUUUUUGACCGACGUGGCUCCCCCAGAGUGGAGAGCCGAACAGGUCAGAAAGAGAGAACUCAGAAGACUGGCUCGAAAAAAGGAAGAAGGCAAGACCAGGAGCAAGAAGGUGUUUUUUCAACCUUCACCACCGAAAGGAGAAGGGAAGCCACCCCCUGCUUUCUCCAGAAGAGAGUCAAAAGUUGGUAAAGUUUUAACGCAGAGGCGUCUCAGCAGAACCUUGGAGAAAAGUACGAAACCUGCAUUGGAUAACUUAACUGAUACCAAGGAAUCUGUCAAGGAAGAUAUUUGUGAUGAUGACGAGGAGGCUGAGAUCUAUUUCACAGAUCCAAAACAGAUGCUGCACAUUUUAUCAGAACUUGAAGAACAGAAUCUGUCCUACAUCCAAAACUUUCAAGAAACAGAAGAGGCUAUGGAUGAAAUUCGCAAAAGAGUAAAGUUGACACAGGAUAAAAUGGAGCAUGAGACAAACAUUUUGACACAGCAGAUCGAGAUGUUAAAAGCAGCCAUCCAGAGAGAAGAAGAGAAAACUUCUGAACUGGAGCUGAAGUCAAGGAUAUUUUCCUUUGGAGAAUUUAAUGCAGAAAAACAGGACAGAAUGCUCAGCUUGCUAAACAAACAAGUAAAUGAAGUUUAUCAAACCUGCAUUGGAGAUGUCGGAGCUAAUAUCAGCACUUUGCAAAUGCUGACGAACAUAGAGAAUAAAAUGGAGGAAGUGAUUGAGUGUCUGGAAACACUGCCACGAGAAAAAGUGGAAGUCGUCGAAGCCAACAGGGAGAAGGAAAUGCGAAUAAGGCUGCGUGAAGAGAAGCUCCUCCUGAAGAAGAAGCACCAGGAGGAGAGACUGAGGCUGGCAGUGGAGAGGGCGAACGCCGACACAAGGAAAAGGACCGGCAGAAAACUGAUGAUGCGCUCAGAGCCACCAGCAGUCAUAAAAAAGGACAAAAGGCCUGUGACCAGUUCCAAAGAACAUGACGAAAUGCUGUAUUUUUUUAAAUGAAAAGAAUUUGGUUGAUACACACUUCAAGGUAACCUUUUCAUAUCAAAACAAAUGUAUUUCAAUAUAGUGGUCUUGAUAUCAUAA